UGCCAUAGCCUUAAAGAAAUCUCAGUAGAGUAAAGAGAGACUUGAAUAUACUCUGUUUACGAAGCCUCCCCAUUUUAUUUAUUUAAUAAUAAACUCAGCUUACAAAUAAAUAAGUUCAAAGUACGUUCUCAAAUAAAAAAAAAACCUUUGAUUUGAGUUGUAAGUAACAUAUUUUAUUGUCGAACAAAGCUCAUUUGGUCCGAUCAAUCCUGAGAAUAUCUGGAAAAAUGAACAAAUAUGGAAAAACUGCAGGAAAUGCAUUUAGAUUAAGUAUCUGCUUGAGAAGAUUCUACACCGACGAGCGUCGACGAUGCUACGUGUCGGUGUGGAGCGGCCUGCGCGUGCGCUGGUUGGCGCGGCGGCUGCGGCGGCUGUUCUCACUGUCCGGACACUUCUGCCUGCUGUCCGCCGGGCACCUGCUGCCACCCGACGAGUACCUUGCCUUACUGAGCCCGGAUGACCUUGUAGAGGCUGUACCUAAACACUAUAAAAUAUUUGAAGAUGAAUCAGAGAGUGACGAUGAAGAAUUGUUUGAUUUCAGUAAAAAGGAAACUCCUUCAAACACAAUCAAUGAAAAUCACAUAGAUCAUAAUCUGCAAGAAACAAACAAACAAACAAUUGAGAAUGGAUUAAAUCAACAGAAUGAAGAAAAUAAUCAAACCAAUGUCGCAUUGACACUACAAACAUGCAAUAAUGCCAUAACAAGCAAAUGUUAUAUACCAUUAUCAAACUUGACAGAGCAAGACCAAAAUAGCAGAAAAGCUGUAGAAAAUAAAAAGUUUGAAGAGGUGGAAAAUGAAAAGUUGGAUGAAGUUAAAAGAAAAGCAUUAGAAUUACUGGACAAUUGCAUCACUCCCCCAAAAAGGAAAAGGAAGCGAGUUCGUCGACGAAAACAACAUCUUGCCAAUACUGGGCAGUCAGAGGGUGCAGAGGACACGUGUGAGGAGCCUCCCUCUUGUCAGCCACGCUCACGCAGUCAUGAGUCUGAAGUUGUCAACACUGACAACACACAGGAAGAGAGCUCAGCUAUGUUAGCAGACUCUGAAACACUGGUUGUGAGGAACACUGUAAGCCAUGAGAGUCGUCCUGCCCGUAUUGUGUAUUCACUGUCCUAAUUUACUUAAGUUUUAUAUUAUUGCUGUUGCAACCAAACUAAGUAGGUAUGUAAAUUUAUUUAUUCAGAUUGAGGUGCUUCCUGGUACUGAACAGUAAUAAAAAAAAUUCAAAACUUCAGUUAAAUUAAUAAUUUUCCAUGCAGGAGAUUAGGGUCCUUGAAGUUUGGACAUAUUUAAGAAUCUGUAAUUUGAAUCAGUAUAAUUCUAAAAUAUAGUAAUGAGAUUGAAUGAGACAUUAAAUUGAAACAUCUUUCUAUGAGAAGUGUAGUUUUAUUUUAAAAGUAGGUACAUAAUGGUUGAAAUUUUGUAAAAGAACUCCAGUUAAAAGUCUGAUUGUAAAUCAACUAGCCUAGAAUAUUUUUCUCUGAUGACAAUAUGUGUCAAAACAUGUGUGCGUGAAGUUGACACAACAACUUCCAGCAUAUCAAAGUUUUGUAAGAGUUCUAUUCGCAUCCACAGUAGUUCUAUAGUAUAUAGAUCUAUUGGUGUUCUUUGCAAAAUGUAUGAUCUAUGCGAAAUACCCUGUUAUCAAAAAAAAGUAUGCUUCUGUUGAUUUUUAGGAGAUGCCUGGAAUGUGGUUAAAGAACUUUAUUUCUCAAAGAAAUUUACAUUUCACUUACAGAGAAAACAUUUAAAGUAAAUAUGUACAUUUGUUGGUGUGAGCAUUCAAAUACAUAUUUUCAAUAAAAUAAAAAUAAGUCGGUAGUUGCGUAUAAAGCGGCUCGCUGCUAACUUACUAAACACAAACGCAAGAACAAAACAUUAGGAUGUUCGCGCACUUACAUUUACAUGCAUCACAAGUAACAAUAGUAGAAAAAAAAAAUGGUAAGUAUUAAUAAACUAUAUACUAUAGAUCAUUUUCAUAAGUAAUUUAUAUCUUUUGAAAUAUACAUGGGCUGAUUGAAAUAUAAUUAAUUGUAAUAAAUUCGUUAGCAAUGACAAGAUAACAGAUUUGUAUUUAUAAAUAGCCUGUACUUGUGUAUAGUUAUAUGCCCAAUGUUUUCGAAACGAUUUGAACAAAAUUAUAACGUUUAAGCUGCAGUUUGUGGGCGCCUUUAGUGGAAUGACGAAGUCACGACGUCACUGGGACGGAUUCAGUUAACAUAAUUUCACCUUAGUAAGAACGUAAUUUUUUAAUUUGGUUUUAAAUAUGUUAUAAUUUGAUGUUCUUAUUUCAAGUGGUAAUUUAUUGUACAUGUUUACGCCUUCACAUUUAAUAUUUUUUUUGCCGGAUUUUGUCCGCAUUUUUGGAGCAUAAAUAUUAUUGGAGCUUCUAAGUUGCCGCAAUCCCAAAUCCCUUUUGGUUUCAAAACUUAAUUCAGAAUGUAAUUUCUUACAAAUAAUUUUUUUUAUUAAUAUGCACGUAUUGUAAUAAUAUAUUUGUUUUAUUGUCAUAAGUUUUGUUUUUUUGUAUACUUCAUUUGUUGGAG